AUGAAAUGGACGCAAGAAAAAGAGGCGUAUCGUGCGAAUAUUCCCAUGAUUCCACAAGACAUGUCCAGUGGCUCUCGAGGACAAACCCAGGCGACGACAGUGCUCCAGAAGGCACUCAACAAUCCACUUGUACCUCUUGGCAUGCUUGCAACCACUGGAUGUCUCAUUGGUAUGAUGGUUGCCACGUUGCGUCGAAGCUCCCGCGACGCCCAACUCUUCAUGCGAGGACGUGUCGUUGCUCAAGGUCUCACAGUCGCUGCUCUCGUCGGUGGAGCCGUGAUGUUCGGGAUUGGAGCACCUACAGAAGCGGCUCUUCGUGCGCCAGGCAAAGGACAAGCCAACGUCGUCUCGCUGACACCCCCACCUGCAGUUCAGAAUAAUCAUUAA